AUGCCGCAUCCGCGCUUUCCUAAGAUUGAGAUCCAGGAGCUGCGCGAUGAUUUCAUCCGCUUUGAGCUUUCAGAAACAGAUGCAAGUGUAGCUAAUGCUAUCCGUCGUGUGAUGAUUUCCGAGGUCCCGACACUAGCUAUUGAUUUGGUAAGCAUUGAAAUCAAUACGUCAGUUAUGACGGACGAGUUUCUGGCCCAUCGCUUGGGUAUGAUUCCGCUUAAUUUUGAUGGCGGACUUGAGAAUUUUCGUCAGCGCUUCGUAUACUCUCAAGACUGUGACUGUGAUGAAAAUUGUCCUAAUUGCUCAGUCGAGUUUUCACUUGACGUAAUGGCUGAUAGUGGUGUACUGUCUGUUACAAGUGAAGCACUCAAGUCUUCGGAUCCAUAUAUUCGACCCGUCAAUUUCUCAUCAGAGGAAGAGCUUAAUAAUACACAGGAUAGUGGAGUCAUUAUUGCUAAGCUUGGACCUGGACAAAGAUUACGCCUUUCGGCCAUUGCUAAGCUUGGUAUCGGCAAAGAACAUGCCAAGUGGUCUCCUGUAGCUGUUGCUACUUAUAUGUACGAUCCCAUUAUUACGCUGAAUCAGGCUGUACUUAGCACGUAUACACCCGAGCAGAAGGCCGAGCUUUACAAGAGCUGUCCUACCGAAGUGUUUGAGACUGACGAAAAUUAUGAGCAGCUAGCGGACUCAUUCAAAGACAAUCCAGAAGAUGACUCAGCUGUCACGAUUCGGAUGCGGGAAGAUAAAUUCAUUUUUUCCGUUGAGACAACGGGCCAGCUAAAGCCCGAGGAAGUGGUUAUUUGUGCUUUGGAUCUCAUUCGCGAGAAGCUGUCAUCCUUAAAGCAUCAGUGUCUAGAACUGAGUCAGGAUGACCAGGGAGCAACUGGACCAAUUACACCAUUCGGGUAA